AUGUUCGAGUUCCCCAAGCUACAUUCCUUCCCGCCCUUUUUCACCAAACAGAGCAACUCCACCAUCCUAGAACACCAGCUCGAGGCCUGGUCCCUGCUCAUUCUCUCCUACUGUGAACACUACCACAUCUACAGCCUACUGGCCACGGGAUCGGUGCUUUCUGCUCAAAGCAAAGACGAGGAAUUCCCGCCACUUUUCGAGAACAAGCUCGUCAACAGAUCCUGUCUGGACACUUUCAGAAGAGAAAUCCUCAGCCAUAUGAUCCACAAAAACCACAGGGCCAUGUACAUCGACCAGAAGAAGCUGUAUGCGGGCGUUCUCAUUCUCUGGCGCACGUUGCCCGAAUGGGCAAAGCUUUUAAGAGACUACGUCGACAGCACGGGCCAGCUCGGAACGAUUUUGACCGUGUACGAGUUGACGCAGCUGGAGGACUCGACAACGAGUGAGGAGUUCAGGAACAUUGACUACAAUUUGUUUGUGAAGAUCUUGCAGUUGCUCAUGAAGCAGGGCAAGGCGCAGAUCUUGAUGACAGAAGAUAACUCGGGUCAGAUCGAGGGCGUUAAGAUCGUGUGA